GGAAGGCUGGGAUACUCCUGUCCUCCACCACCAUCUUGCUUCCCUUUAAGCCGGCCGUGACCGCGGGUGAAAGCAAUCUCGAGCCAUGAAGCUAUUAACCAGAGCCGGGUCCUUUUCGAGAUUUUAUUCCCUCAAAGUUGCUCCCAAAGUGAAAGCCUCGGCUGCCCCCGCAGGAGCGCCUCUGCACCCUCAGGACCUCGAGUUCACCAAAUUACCAAAUGGCCUAGUGAUUGCUUCCCUGGAAAACUAUGCUCCUGCAUCCAGGAUUGGCUUGUUCAUCAAGGCAGGCAGUAGAAACGAGGACUCCAACAACUUAGGGACCUCUCAUUUGCUGCGUCUUGCAUCCAGUUUGACGACUAAAGGAGCUUCCUCUUUCAAGAUAACCCGUGGAAUUGAAGCAGUUGGCGGUACACUAAGUGUGACUGCAACAAGGGAAAAGAUGGCAUACACGGUGGAAUGCCUGCGGGACGAUGUUGAUAUUCUAAUGGAGUUCCUACUCAACGUCACCACGUCACCAGAAUUUCGUCGCUGGGAAGUAGCGGCACUUCAGUCUCAGCUAAGGAUUGACAAAGCUGUGGCUUUUCAGAAUCCACAGACGCAUGUCAUUGAAAAUUUGCAUGCUGCAGCCUACCGGAAUGCCUUGGCUAAUUCCUUGUAUUGUCCUGACUAUAGGAUUGGAAAAGUGACACCAGAGGAGUUACAUUACUAUGUUCAGAACCACUUCACAAGUGCAAGAAUGGCUUUGAUUGGACUUGGUGUGAGUCAUCCUGUGCUCAAGCAAGUUGCUGAACAAUUCCUCAACAUGAGGGGUGGGCUUGGCUUGGCUGGUGUGAAGGCCAGAUACCGUGGAGGUGAAAUCCGAGAACAGACUGGAGACAGCCUUGUCCAUGCUGCGGUUGUAGCAGAAAGCGCUGCCAUGGGAAGUGCAGAAGCGAAUGCAUUUAGUGUCCUUCAGCAUGUCCUUGGUGCCGGGCCCCACGUCAAGAGGGGCAGCAACGCCACCAGCCUCCUAUACCAGGCUGUCGCCAAGGGGACUCACCAGCCAUUCGAUGUUUCCGCUUUUAAUGCCAGUUACACGGAUUCUGGACUCUUCGGGAUUUACACUAUCUCCCAGGCAGCAGCUGCUGGAGAUGUUAUCAAGGCUGCCUACAACCAAGUAAAAACAGUUGCUCAAGGAAACCUUUCCAGUGCAGAUGUCCAAGCUGCCAAGAACAAGCUGAAAGCUGGAUACCUAAUGUCAAUAGAGUCUUCAGAGGGCUUCCUGGAUGAGGUUGGGUCCCAGGCUCUGAUUGCUGGCUCUUACGUGCCACCAUCCACAGUCCUUCAGCAGAUUGACUCGGUAGCUGACGCUGAUAUCAUAAAUGCUGCAAAGAAGUUUGUUUCUGGCCAGAAGUCCAUGGCAGCAAGUGGAAAUUUGGGUCAUACACCUUUUGUUGAUGAGUUAUAAUAUGGAAGCACAUAUUACAGGACUAAACUGAACAUUUUCUCAGCCAUGACACAAAACACACGAAAGUUAAAAGUCUAACAAAACAUCAUUUUUUCGCAUGAAUGCUGGUAAUUAUUCCCAGCUGACUUAAAGUCAAUAAAAACAUCCUAUUUAAAUGUU